UCUUACAUGCAAAACUAUAGCAUGUCGAUGUGUUAUAUAUUACUUUAACCUAUAGUCUAUCAUGUAUCCAUUACUUCAAGAUUAGUAGUGAGGUUUCUGCAGUUCUGCUAUUAUAUUAUUUGAAGUUACUAGAACGAUCACAAGGAAAAAUUGUAAAGAAAGAAGAAAAAUAAACAUUUGUUGAGGCAAAACAAAAACAGACCCUGGUGUUCUUUUUAUUCAUUGGUGGGAUGAAUGAAAUUCUAUUGGAUAUUGGGCACAAAAAAUGUCAUCAACAAUGGAAGGUAUGCUGGUAAGGACAACUGCACCAGGAAUUUGCAACGAAAGACUAUUCAAGGGAAAGUGUGUGGAUCAAAUUCAAGUUCUCAAAGAAAACCUUCGAGUUGGGAGUGCACGCUAUCACAACUCAGGGAACAUCAUUGUAAAUGGGCUCAACAAUGCCAAGCCCAAGAGUUAUGAACCGUCGAUUCGUGGUCAAACCCGAGCUCAAGCCAUUUACACACCGGUGUCUGACCCUACUCCAACUACCCAAAAGCGAGUGUUUACUUUUGGCAAAGGAAGGAGUGAAGGCAACAAGGGCAUGAAGACUUUGUUGGGAGGGAAGGGAGCAAACCUUGCAGAAAUGGCAAGCAUUGGGUUAUCUGUACCGCCAGGACUUACCAUAUCAACAGAAGCAUGCCAAGAAUAUCAGCUGAAUGGAAAGAAGUUGCCUGAAGGUUUAUGGGAGGAGAUAUUGGAAGGUUUGGAGACUGUGGAGAAGGACAUGGGAGCGUUCCUUGGUGAUCCUUCUAAGCCCCUUCUUCUCUCUGUCCGCUCUGGUGCAGCGAUUUCCAUGCCUGGCAUGAUGGACACUGUCCUCAACCUCGGGCUUAAUGAUGAGGUAGUUGCAGGUUUGGCAUCAAAAAGUGGAGAGCGCUUUGCUUAUGACUCGUACAGACGUUUUCUAGACAUGUUUGGAGAUGUUGUAUUGGGAAUUCCACACACAUUAUUUGAGGAAAAGUUAGAAAUGUUGAAGAAUGCAAAAGGAGUCAAACUUGACACUGGACUAACAUCCUCUGACCUCAAAGAGCUGGUGGAACAGUACAAGAAUGUUUACCUUGAAACCAAGGGUGAAAAGUUUCCUUCAGAUCCCAAACAGCAAUUACUGUUGGCUGUUAAAGCUGUUUUUGAUUCUUGGGAUAGCUCAAGGGCCAUUAAAUACCGGAGCAUCAAUCAGAUAACUGGUUUGAAGGGAACUGCAGUAAACAUUCAAUGCAUGGUGUUCGGGAACAUGGGAAAUACUUCAGGGACAGGUGUUCUAUUUACUAGAAAUCCUAGCACUGGUGAGAAGAAGCUCUAUGGGGAGUUUCUAAUCAAUGCUCAGGGAGAAGAUGUGGUUGCUGGAAUUAGGACACCAGAAGACUUGGACACCAUGAAAAGUUGCAUGCCUGAAGCUUACAAGGAGCUUGUGGAGAACUGCGAAAUUCUAGAGCGACAUUACAAAGAUAUGAUGGACAUUGAAUUCACCGUCCAAGAAAAUAGGUUGUGGAUGUUGCAAUGCCGUUCUGGAAAGCGUACUGGUAAAGGUGCAGUAAAGAUAGCUGUAGACAUGGCAAAUGAAGGGCUUGUUGAUAUGCGCUCUGCAAUUAAGAUGGUGGAGCCACAACAUCUUGACCAACUUCUUCAUCCACAGUUUGAGGAUCCGACUGCUUAUAAAGACAAAGUGGUUGCCAAGGGCUUGCCAGCAUCUCCAGGGGCUGCAGUGGGGCAGAUUGUGUUUGGAGCUGAUGAUGCUGAAGCAUGGCAUGCACAAGGAAAGAGUGCCAUCUUGGUAAGGACAGAGACCAGCCCUGAGGAUGUGGGGGGUAUGCAUGCAGCUGUUGGUAUCUUAACAGCUAGAGGUGGCAUGACAUCUCAUGCAGCUGUUGUAGCGCGUGGGUGGGGAAAGUGUUGUGUUUCCGGCUGUUCUGAAAUCCGUGUAAAUGACAAUGAGAAGUUUGUUGUGAUUGGGGAUAUGGUGAUUAAGGAAGGAGAAUGGCUCUCACUCAAUGGGUCAACAGGUGAAGUGAUAUUGGGAAAACAACCACUCUCUCCACCCGCUUUAAGUGGCGACUUGGAGAUCUUUAUGUCUUGGGCUGAUAAGAUAAGGCAACUCAAGGUCAUGGCAAAUGCUGACACACCUGAAGAUGCACUAACAGCAAGAAACAAUGGUGCCCAAGGGAUUGGCCUUUGCAGGACAGAGCACAUGUUCUUUGCUUCAGAUGAAAGGAUAAAGACUGUUAGGAAGAUGAUAAUGGCAGUUACUCCUGAACAAAGGAAGGUAGCUCUGGACUGUUUGUUACCUUAUCAAAGAUCUGACUUUGAAGGAAUUUUCCGUGCAAUGGAUGGCCUGCCAGUAACAAUCCGACUGUUGGAUCCUCCACUUCAUGAAUUUCUUCCAGAAGGUGACCUACAACAGAUUGUAAGCGAACUAACUACAGAGACAGGAGUAAAUGAAGAUGAAGUUUUUUCAAGAAUUGAAAAGUUAUCAGAAGUAAAUCCCAUGCUUGGUUUCAGAGGCUGCAGGCUAGGGAUAUCAUAUCCAGAACUCACUGAAAUGCAGGCACGUGCAAUCUUUCAGGCUGCUGUCUCAAUGAGCAACCAAGGUGUUAAAGUUUUUCCUGAGAUAAUGAUUCCCCUUGUUGGAACACCUCAGGAACUAGGACAUCAAGUGAGUUUGAUACGAAGUGUUGCUAAGAAGGUGUUCUCUGAGAUGGGUUCCUCCUUGAACUAUAAGGUGGGGACCAUGAUUGAAAUCCCUAGAGCUGCUCUAGUUGCAGAUGAGAUUGCAAAGGAAGCAGAGUUCUUCUCCUUUGGAACCAAUGAUCUCACACAGAUGACCUUUGGUUACAGUAGAGACGAUGUUGGCAAGUUUCUCCCUAUUUACCUAGCCCAAGGCAUUCUACAGAAUGAUCCAUUUGAGGUACUUGAUCAAAGAGGUGUUGGUCAACUCAUCAAGAUUGCCACAGAAAGGGGUCGUGCAGCUAGGCCUAGCUUAAAGGUUGGAAUAUGUGGAGAGCAAGGUGGGGAUCCUUCUUCCAUUGCCUUCUUUGCAGAGGCUGGACUGGACUAUGUUUCAUGUUCUCCAUUCAGGGUUCCUAUUGCUAGGCUCGCAGCUGCUCAAGUUGCUGUCUGAGAGGAUUAACUACUUCAACACAUUGCUUGACCUUGUGUAGUAAUUGCAGUUGAAUAUGCAUAUAACAUAUACAGAAACAUUGAAUAAUUACAUUGGUGUAGAAGACAAAGGCAAGGAGAAAGGGAAUGCUAUCAACAUUAUACAAGUGAAAAAGAAUGGACAAGUCGUCCUAUGGAGAAGAGGGGAUCAGUAUUUAUGGUUGAUAGGAAAUCCUCUGUGAAUAAUAAUUCUGCUGUUUAGAGUUUUAAAAAUAAAUUAAUUUGUACAUUCAAAAGAAAUAUGUAACUGUAAACAACUCGAACUGAGGGGGAAAAAGAAGAAGCUAAACAAGUCAUAAUUUGGGUACAAGUUACAUCAGCACAUUUUGCAGGGCUGUACCAUGUAUAUAUAAUGCUUGGAUCUCUUGUAACUCAACCAAAUAUAUUAUAGCUUGCUUCUCUAUUGCACAUACAUGGAACAAUGGUAGAACUUUAGAUUGUAGAAUGAAA